AUGCGAUGCGCGAGCAAGGCCGCCGAGAGCGCGUCUGCACGUCUCUGUGCGGACGCCGAAGCAGAAACAACAGCAACUGAUGUCUCAUCGGUUGCUGAAGCGACCCAGCCUGUGUCACUUGGUGAUGCAGGCGCUGGUCAUGAAGACACUCGUGUCUUCACAGAGUACGAGCUCGGUGUCUCGUACUCUCCUGAUACGGAUGACGGAUCCGUAUCGACGGCGAAUGAAUCUAAGCCGCCUGCCAAGCGUGGCAUGGACGAUGCUUUGCGUCGCAGCAUCUUUAAUUCAUCUGAUGAAUCAGAUGAACCAUCGCCGAAGCGAAGGCGCUCGAGGUCGCGAGACUCGGGCGCUAAUAGUGGUAUCGGUUCUCCUAUGGACACCACUUCACAGCGAGGUGCCAGUACUUCUGUCGGCACGUCGCAGGAAGAGCGGGACCGCAAUGUGUUGCGUCUCGCUCCUGAAAAGAAGGCAUGGAUGCCUCCAAAAUCCGUCAUGGAUCACUUGUCGGCGACGACGAGUGAUCGUUAUCGAACACGAUUGUUCGAUUCGUCAAGGAUCCAUCACCUUGACCCCAGCGCGAAAAACUAUCGCGCGGAACAUGAAUUCUUCAUCGAUGCUUUCUUCAGACAUCGAUGGUACAGUGGGAACCACAAGCGUGAUGGUCCCUCACUACUUCAAGAGUGGAACGCCUACAUCCAUAACCUUGAGGAUGUAGGUCGUGACGCUUGGAACGACAAACUUAUCAAAGCUCGUGAUAAGUUUGAAAAGCGAACCCCGACAGGUGCACGCUACAAGCUGCAUCGUCUGUCAAGGGAGAAGGGAUUACCCUGCCUCUCAUGGGGAGACUCGUGA